AACUAUAGUCCAACAAUUAUACAGUAUAUAAAAGGUAAAGACUUUAAUUAAAAAACACAAUUAAAGACUCGUUUUAUUAAACACAUAUAAAAUGCUAAUUAUAUUCGUUUACGCGUUGAUUACUGUUUGCGUGAAUGGUUUAACACUAACGCAAAGCGACGUCGAGAGCCAAUGGAUUGCAUUUAAGAAACAAUUUCGCGACACAGACUACCAGUCCAUAGGGUCGAGCGACGAGUCCAUACGGCGGCAGAUAUUUGAACAUAACUACAGAGAUAUCGUUAAUUAUAAUACAGAGGCUGAACAGGGUUUGCAUAGCUUUAAGCUCGGGGUCAAUCAGUUCACAGACUGGACUACCGAGGAGUAUCAGAGUUGGCUAAAUAAAUUUGACCAUGGCACGUUUGCAACGAAAUCAAACGUGAGGCCAGUUAGCUCAAAUAACUCCCUAAUCAAACUACCUGAUAGUGUGGACUGGAGACAAAAAGGAGCUGUCACACCUAUCAAGGAUCAAGGAAGUUGUGGCAGUUGCUGGGCAUUUGCGGCAGUAGGUGGCAUUGAAGGCCAAAUUGCAAUUAAGCAAGGCAAACUAUUGUCAUUAUCUGAGCAGGAGCUACUUGACUGCACGUAUUCGGGCACCGGCUGUAAUGGUGGCAGUCCUACCGAGGCGUACAACACACUGGCCCAACGGCUACACGGUAUCCAAAACGAGCAAACCUACCCUUACCGGGGUGUAGCCGGGACAUGUCGGGCCGACGUAUCACGUAGCGUGGCCAAAAUUCAGCGUGCUCACACCAUAUUUGGCGGUAAUGAGGCCCUCCUACAGCAAACCAUAGCCAAUGUGGGACCGGUAGCUAUUUGUUUCGAUGCUAGCCUGGCAUCGUUUAAGCAAUAUAGUUCCGGUGUGUACAGUGUAUCAGGGUGCGAUACUUAUAAUUCAAAUCAUUGCGUAACUGUGGUGGGCUAUGGCACAGAAAGUGGCCAUGAUUAUUGGCUACUCAAGAAUUCGUGGAAUACCAGGUGGGGAGAGGCCGGGUAUAUGAAGUUAGCAAGGAACCAUCAUAAUAUGUGCGGGGUUGCCAGUUGGGGUGUCUAUCCUGAAGUGUAA